GCUUGCUUUUUCGCUCGGCGGCCAUGAACGGCUCGGCGAACCCGCUGCUGGACAAGGACGAGCACCCGCUGCAGCUGGGCGAGAGCUUCGAGAGGCACCCCAAGGCCUCCUUCCACACCAUCCGCUAUGACUUCAAACCAGCAUCUAUUGAUACAUCUUGUGAAGGGGAGCUUCAAGUUGGCAAAGGAGACGAAGUCACAAUUACAUUACCACACAUCCCAGGUUCUACUCCUCCAAUGACGGUGUUCAAAGGAAAUAAAAGACCAUACCAGAAGGACUGCGUACUUAUUAUCAAUCACGAUACUGGGGAAUAUGUGCUUGAAAAGCUAAGCAGCAGCAUUCAGGUCAAGAAGACAAGAGCUGAAGGCAGCAGCAAAAUCCAGGCCCGGAUAGAACAGCAAUCGGCCCGAGCUUCACAACCUUCUUCUACCCAGUUCAGAGCUCCUACAAAACCAGCAGCGGGUCCCAAGACCUCCCCACUGAAAGACAAUCCUUCCCCAGAGCCUCAGCUGGAUGACAUUAAGAGAGAGUUGAGAGCCGAGGUUGAAAUAAUUGAGCAGAUGAGUAGCAGCAGCGGAAGCAGCUCAUCGGAUUCAGAGAGCUCUUCUGGGAGCGAUGAUGAAACCUCGAGCAGCGAUGGGGAUGACGCUGCACACCCUUCCCCUUCCCAGCCAGGUAACAACAAGAACUCUGUUGCCAACGGAACCAGCAGGCCACAAGGAAGCAAUCAGCUCAUGAGCACGCUCAGAAAUGACUUGCAGUUGAGUGAAUCUGGAAGUGACAGUGAUGAUUAGAAUGAGGUUUCUCCAUUGGUUUUCUGUUGCAAAUACGUGAAGAUGUAAAUCUCCUGAGGAGUAAGAAUGAUGCAAGUAUAGAAGCCUGCUCACAGGACACAGCUGUAAGUGGCAUUUGAAGGUGAAGGUGAAGGGGACAACAAAUAUUCCUGAAGCAAGGCUUAUACUCUGUUUACUUAUGUAUAAAUUGUGUAUGUUGUGUAUAUCUUUUUGAAAGUUUUUUAAUGGAUGUGAAUAUACCAGUCUUAAUUCAGUGACCUGUGCUCUUAACGUGCUGACGCCCUGUGAUUUUGGUGUACUCCAGUAUGAUUCUUGCUGUUAGGAAAGGCUGCGUACCCCAGUAAGAUAAAGCAAAAGCUGUCUCUGGGGUAGAUGUAACUCAGGUUUACCAUUUUAAAAACAAAAUAGGAAGUGGAGUACAAAUUUCAAGCAUUUGUAUGCAAAGAUGUCAAAUAGCAUUAAGGCAGGUGUUAAUUGUCAGUAGCCUUGUCACCUGUGAUGAAUACAAAUUUCACCCAGGCAAGGGAAUUUAAAGAACUGGGGUGUUUUUUCUUUCUUUUUUUCCUUUUGAGGUUCUCAGUAAUGACACAAGUGAUUGAUAGAGGUAUGUGUAGGCAGAGAGUUUAGUAGAACUAUGCAUAGGCUAAUAACUUGUGGGCUCACUUGUAAGGAUUUCUUACUACUGCUGAGAGAUCGUAUGCAGGUUAAGUUUUUGCGACUGUACAAAUAGGAAACCUAACAAUGCCUUUUAUUACUUCCAUGUAAGAAAUUCCACAUACCUGUGCCCCAUCACACAUGAAAGUGCAUAGGUCUGCUGGCCAAUUUGCACUGUAGAAACCCACACCACUCAGCGCUAAGAAUGGAGGAAUGUAUUUGAAUGGUUUUAUACACUGAUUUGGGCAGUUCCAACCCCAUUCAGUUUUGCUCGUCUUGGACUGCCUCUUGCCUUGAGCACCCACUUACGCCCAAGCCAAGCCCAACUAAUAAUAUGCCCCAAAAAAGGUAUAUCAAAGUAUGAUGUACAUAAAAGCAUCAAUCUCUAUGCUUCAGUAUACUUAUAAUUUUACAAGUAAAUUAAUGCAUAUGUAUUUCAUAUGGUUAUAUGCAUCAUUGUAUGUACUUGUUUAUGUGCUGCUUGCCUUAGGAAAUCUGGAGUGAAUAUACAUAUAAUAAUGCAUAUAAUGGGCAAGAAUUGUUGGCAUUUUUAGCAAGACGGGUGCAGGGGUGGGGGAACCUAACCCCAUCAAGAUUAAAGAGCAAGAUGAAAUUUAGAAGGGGGGGGGAAUCUGUGCACAUAAACUUGAUAUUGAGAUUUUAAGAAAAUCCCAUCCCUAUCCAGUGCUUUAUGUUAUGUGAACAUACUGUGUAACGAAACAGAUCCGUACACAUGAGGGGGACUUUAAUUCCCACUCGUAGAAGUGAUACUCGUGUUGGAAACUUGCCUCAUUUGGUGAAGUUCCUUGAUUGUUGAGACCCAUAACUUUUCAAAAUGAGAAGGAUAGAAUCCCCCAGAACAGGAACUACCCAUAACAUACUAGAUUUAGCCUCUCCAAAGUUCCACCUGCCAAUCUGUGUGGUUCAACAGGGAACAGUGGACACAAUCCUUUGUGUAUUUGUUCCUAAUAAGUGGCAUGCAUUGUGCAGAAGCGUUGCCUUGCAAAUGGUACAACGGUUGCAGUGAAAAGCAGAAAACUAAUUGUAUAAAGCUUUUCAGAUUUAUCCAAACUUAGCUUUGGCGUUAUCAGAAGCCAGGUGCCCGGUAGUCAAUGGCUGUCUUCUACGUCCAUUGUUGGAGGCAGCAUACUUCUGAAUACCUGUUGCUAGAAAUCACAGGUGGGCAGAGUUCUGUUGUGCUGAAGUUGUGUCUAGAGGCUGUUGCCAUCUACACGAGAGGAGCACUUGGGCCUUGGGUUCCUUGUGAAUUGCUGCUUGACAUAUCUGGCAACCCUUGUUCUAGCUUGGCGAUACUACAACUCAUUGAACUCAGUGGGGCUUACUCCUCAGUAGAACUAUAUCAUGUAGGAUUGCACUGUAAGCUAUUUAUACUUUUGAGGCUGCGUACCUGGGAGUAAGCUCCGCUCAAAGAAUGGGUCUUCCUUUUGAGUUAACGUGCAUAGGAUUGCUGUUCGAAUUUUAUAAAUGUGUCAAGCAGUACCAUUUUAGAUGCCAACUACAUCCUAAAUGACACAUUUUAUCUUGUUAAAGCAGUAAAGUAAGUUUGGGUUUGAUAGGAAAGUAUCGUGUAUGUUUCAUUCCACAUUUCUUCCAUUUCUGCUUUCGCCCAGGGCCUCAAAAUUUCCAGAAAUGUUGCAUCUCCAAUUCAGCCACCUCCGUCUUUGAAUAGGCGAGUCCCUAAACAUUCUCUCAAAGCAAGGCAGGAAGCCCCUAUUGUGAGAAUCAGUAGGCUGAUCGUAUUGCUAAUAGGUAGGAGAGAUUUUGAGAAACAAAGAGAGCAGAACCAUCUAGGGUUGUCCUCCUUGCCUCGCGUGGAAAGACGCUAUAACCUUUGUUGCGGCUACAACCAGGGGUGGGAUUGGAUUGCAAGUUGUUCUUUUGAAUGCCUUUCUUGUAAUCUUUCAAAUGUGAUGUGAAUUGGAGGAAGAUGGAUGCAUCACUUUAAAAUGUUACGCAACUAUAAAACAAAUUAAAUCCACUAGGAGGAAGAUGAGCACUGUUCGCAUGUUUGGCUUUCUUAUGCAUUUGAGAAAAGAGGGCAGAAAAAAAGCAUUCAUAUGUUUUUGGAAUGAGGACUGUGCAUGUACCGCAAUUUCUGCAGAAAUUAGAAACUUAGGUACUAGAAGUGGAGUAUGCUGUGUGGCAGAACCUUGCUUUGUUAGUUUCUAGUUUGUGGCCUGCAAAAAGAUAGACUUGAAAAUAUGCAGCCACUGCUUGAGAUGAAACCUUAGGUGUACUUCAGAGUGUCUUGCAAAGC